AUGGCGGGGCGCCGCCUCGUGCUGAACGGUCUAACCGCGGAGGGCGCGGGGGACGCGGGGGACGCGGGGGGCGGCACGUCGCCGGAGCGCGGGCCCUCGCCGGAGUUCUACCACGAGCUAGAGCUGUAUCGCCAACUGCUAGCGCUCGCGCCGCAAGAGCGCCGAGCUCGCACUCCCGACCCGCCCCACUCCCGCCCUACUCACGAUGAGGCCGCCCGGCGGUGCCGCACUCCGGCGCCGCGAAGUGCAUCCGCAAUCCCGCUCCCGCACUCCUCUAGUUCUCCUUCCGACCCACACCCCUCCACAGUUCCCGCUCCUCUGGAGACCUCGCCGUCCUCACGGGUCGCGUCUUCACCGGCGCCUCUAUGCCCGCUGCCGCUCGUUGCGAAGCCAGCACGGGUAGAAACUUCUUGA